UAUACAAAUCGUUACAAGUUGAAAAAUAAGCAGUAACCAAUAAGAAUGGCAAAGAAUAAAAGAUAGCGAAGCUUCUAAUUUUCUCUAACAAGGAAAGUAAAAUUGAAAUAAUUUAUAAGCAAUAGUCUUUUCAGCAUCAAGAAGAGAGAACAUUACCCAUAAUAAACUUCUUUUUCUUGACGGAUGGUGACCAUGAUAAUGAUCAUGAUGGCUCCACUUUCUCCAUAACCUAAUCCCUUGUAGCAUUAUGUUAUAUAUAGCCCCAUUGCGAUCUUUCUUCUAAAUACACAAACCUUACAGAACUCCUCUUCUUCACUCUAGUUCUCUUACAUAAGAAGAAUCACAAAGAGCUAGAAUCUGUUUCAAAGUGAUUAGAGUAUAAGCUUUGCAGUUUAUUAAUGGAAGGUAAAGGACGAGUCGGAUCAUCAACUUCUUCUUCUUUAACCACAGAACUCUUCGGCUCCAGGGAUCCUUCACCGCCGUCUUCUUCCUCCGGAAUCUUCUCCUCCAUUUUCCCUCAUCCCUCUAAGGGUGUAGCAAGAGAUGGGCCAAACUCCAAACAUAGCUCACAAGCUCAACGUAGAGAAUAUUCAACUGGGCAAGAAGACAGAGUUGAGCCAUGUCAUCUAAGCUCUUCUCUUUACUACGGUGGUCAAGACGUAUACUCUCGAUCCACCAACAACCAAACUUACCCUACAUGGGGGUCGAACCCCCGACGUCAGGGCCCGAAGGCAGAGCUCAGCAGCCACUUGGCUACGAACAACCCGACGCACUUAAACUGAUUCAAGAAACCAUUUUUCAGGUAAGAAACGAGCGUCCAAGAAGCGGAGAAAGCGAUGCUAAUGGACAGAACUCACAAGAUGUUUCAAGGGGAAACUGGUGGCAAGGUUCUCUUUAUUACUAAAGAACCAGUUCCUUUUAGUUUCUUUGUAAAUCUCUCCAGAAACCCAUGAAGCUCAAGCCACGUACUGAUUAUCUACCGAGCCAAUACUUUGUAUAAAUAAAGUGUAUGCAGAAAAGGGAUAAUUUAUUAGGAGAUUUUGAAGAUUAAAAUUGAUAUCCUAGCCAAAUUGUAUUGAAUAGUACCAAACGCAAACAUUGCCAAAAAUGUUUUUAGUCGUUACUCCAUAGUAAACCUGAGACCAAAGCAUGUUGGACAAUCUUAUU